AUGAAGCGAGCCGCCGAGGAAGAGUACCCUACGCCUGCUCGGAGCAGCAAGAAGAUUCGUGUCCGCCAGAGCCCCGACGCAGCAGCCAUCAAGGCCAUCAAGCUCCCAAAUAUCAGGGCUUCGCUGGAGCGAAAUAUCAACCUCGACCCAAUCGACGUACCCGACAAGUGGGAGAGAAUGGAGAAGAUGAAAGCAGUCCAUAAGGUCGUCAAAGCACCCAAGGGCCUCUACCAAGAAGAGCUAUUCGACCUAUCAUCGCGCCGCCUCAUCAAUCCUCUCCCAGUGAAGUACGAGUGGCAGGCUCAAAAGAGCCCCCUCACCGGAGAGACCCUCCCCCUCAGCCCCAGUCCGUCCCCGGAAGUCGAGGACCGGUUCUGGUACCCCGCCCCUAUCGCGGACAACAUCAAGAAGACCCUUUUCCUCCACCCCAGCAACCGAGGGAUCGUCUGGGUCGGCCCGUUCGCUGAGGCCAAGCUGAAGGAGGAGAUCAAGAACUAUCAUCGCGUCAAGGACCUCUGGCUAUUCCAGGCAUCGGACGCAUUCAUGCCCGGCUACGACAAGAAGCACGAGUUCAUCGCCAGCGUCUACGAGGACGAGAUGCUGAGCCCCUGGGUCGUUUGCUGGCUGAGCGAGCUGAUCGGAGAGGCAGAGGUGGGCAAGAUCCUCGACCACGUGGAGGUGAACCUGAAGAGGUCUCUGGUGGAGCUGGAGUGA